GAUGGAAGCUUGCCAUUGUUAUGUACAUUUUUAGCUGUAUUUAGUCAAUAUUUACAAUGAUAAUAAUGGAGAGAACUCGCCACAUAAGUGCAGUAGAUAAAAUAGACAAUUUACGUACUUUUGUAAAGCAGGAUUUGAGGGAUAUGGGGAUCAAAUUGCCAAAAACUAAAAAAGCAAAGAAGUUGAACAACUCCCGAGCAUUUUCGCAGGAUGGAUUACUGGCUGCUAGUGGUAUUUUUGGAAACUUCCUUGCUCAUGUGCCAUGUGAAUACAUAUCUGGCUGUGGAUAUGUGCCUAAAUUUCUGGUGGAUGCUGCAGAUCACAUUAAGAAAAAUGUUGAUUUGGAAGGAAUUUUUAGAAAAUCAGGGGUAGUUAGUCGUCAGAAGGAACUAAAGCAACAAACUGAAGAGGGAAAAGAACUGGAUGUUUCUAAUGUGAAUGAUCUCACUGGACUAAUUAAGCAGUUUUUUCGGGAGCUACCUGAACCGCUUUUCACCAGUCUGUACCACGAUUCAUUCAUCAAAUGCUACCAGCUUGCCAACGACAUCUCUGUAACAAGUGCCAUUCUGCUACUGUGCCUCCUCCUACCGGCCGAGCACCUCAGCACUCUGCAAUUUAUCAUGCAGCUUUUUGGAUUUAUAGCCAAACACUGUGACCAAAAUAAGAUGGAUGCUGCCAAUCUGGCUGUAGUCAUGGCACCCAACCUGAUGCACGUGAACAGUAAGAGCGAGAAAAUGAAUUCGACUGAAGAGAAACUGCUUCAGAUACAGACGUCCAUUGUGGAACUGCUUGUGAAGAAUGCUGACUGUAUAGGAAUGAUCUCGGAAAGUCUGUAUCAGCGUCAGGCUUUGAUGACCGAAUGCUUUGGAACUGACGACGAGCUAGAUGCCAGUGGUGACAACACGUUGGAAGAUUCGAAGGAUGUGAAAAAGAAAGAAAAGAAGCGUAAAAGAAGUGGUUCUUUCCAAGGUCUUGUUAGCACAAUUGCUAAUGGUUUGGCUAAGUUGCGUCGCAGCACUGAUGGGAAGAAUGUGAGUACCACACAGCCAGGCACAGCUCACAACAACGAAAGCACUCAGUCACUGCCCAGUCGUCUUGAACACGCCUCUCAUCACAUGGUCACCCCUGUUGUCAUCAGAAAGAGGAAGGUUUCUGGGGAUGUACCAUUUUCAGCUUCGAAAAAAAAAGCCAUUUUGCAGCAUCUACCACAACAGGCCACUCUAGCCAGCACUCCAUUCACUCCAGGAAUAGGCAGGAGAAAGAAAGAGAAUGAUGCCAGAAAAAUGGGAGUAUUGAACACACCUAGCAUUACUUUCGGUGAAACAUCUCAACUGCCUUUCACAGCUACUCCAUGUCCAGAUAUCAAGACAUCACGUAAAAAGCUGAAUCUUUUUAGCCCUCUCAGCAGUAAGAAACUUAAAAGGACUCCCUCUGGUGCUAACCUUUCAACACAAUCUGCAAAGAAACAGCUAAAAGCCAAGAAUAUUUUCCGUAGAAUGAGUGGAGGAAAGGCAGAUAAGGUUGAAGAGACAUCUCAAAUCGGAGAAAGGCUGGCCAGUCCAAAGGGUGUGUCUGAAGAUGAUUACGGCUUCAUUGACCACAAUGGUGUGCUUGUUCUUAGUCCAAAACGAGAGUCACCAAUUGCUGCUAUUACUCUGAAUUCCCCAUCGCUAUUGGCAGCAGAUUCAUCUGUAAUCUCCCGAUUUGAUGAUACACAAAUGCUGAAUGAAGGAUUCAUAGUUGAUGCUAAUACACUGGACACAGAUCAGACAGCAAAUUCCUGUUAUCCAUUAACACGAUCCUACAGCCUGUACGCCAACACUCGUUCAUCUCGCGCAGAUAUCCCACGCGGUCGCAAACCUCAUAAACGAUCGCUGUCAGCCGAUGGAUCUUCCUCGAGUGAAAAUAUGCAGAUUCUAAGACGAGGUCAGCCCAACACCAUCAAAAAUGGAUUGCUGAAAGGAGAACAGCAACAGCUUAAAAAACUGCGUAAAAGUUUUGAAAGACCUGAAAUUAGUGCACCUAUCCCCAUCAUUGUGCCCCCUGUGUCUGAAGAAGCGGGAAAUUUGAAAGUGUUUGAGUCUAAGGAAGCGAUGCUAAAGGCUGCUUCAAACAGGACGCUGAAUGGCAGUCUUACAAAUGUUAUUCUUCCACCACCAAAUCAGUUUGCGGAUGAAGCCCAGGCCAUGGAGUAUGAUUCUGAUGAAUCAGAGGCGGGUUUUUCAACAAUUUCAGGAGGUACUGUCAUACAUGUUCCAAUUUUGUCCUCAUCAAGCUUGAAGUCGAAUGCAUCAUCAAAGAGCUCAGGAAGCUCCGUUUCAAAUAUGAUUUCAGCUUCACAACAAAAUCUGCCAUCUGCACUACAUUCUAGCAACAGUACUGAUAGUUUGCUCAGUUCCUCGUCCAUAGAUUCUGUUGAAAGCAAUCGUUCUAACUUACAGAGGUGCUUGUCCAGUGACAGUGGCCAAGGGUCUCUUCUAGAUUACACUGCUGGAGUAGUGCAGGCAGAUUCAGACCAGAAAGAAUCCCUUGAUGUGGCAUUCAUAGAGACCGACAGCAUUAUUGUGGACAGAAGUAUUCAAAGAGGUCCGAAUAUUUCUCUUUCAAGUGGCCAGAUAGCCAGCCACAAUCCUAACCGCUCUCUUCAGAACACUGUGAAAAAAUCAAAUUCAGCCAACCAGCUGGCACCAGCACCUUCCUAUAAUGUAGCUCGCUCUCAGAGUAUGUAUAUGCAAACAUCACGUCGGCACAAUAUCAAACCUAACAUUUUGAUUUCGGCAGAUACCCAUAAAAUACUGGCCAGAGCUGGUUAUUUGGCCAACACGCCUGAUGCAGAUAGUGCUCAGGACUAUAAAUUGCCUGUUAAAACACCUCCAAAGUCAAGCAUUGCUGACUACUCGAAAAACUGUAGUCAAUUAUCAGAAGUCUCCGUCAUGUCAACAAGUAUUUCCAGUUGUGCAGCAAAUAGAACCUGCCAUCUGGAUAAGGAACCAGAGACAAAUAAUACAAAGAAAGAUUUAUUGCACAACACUUUACAGCAAGCUGGAACUGAUCAGAAUUGCCGCGUUGUCAUCAAGAGGGCACAAAUGUUGAUUCCCAAGCAUGACAGCAUUGCCAACAUCCAAGUGAACCAGGCCGGCAAAGUGGCAGGCAAUGUCCGACAGUUCAUGGACUCCACUUCUGUUGAUGUUGCUGAAAGGCAUCGGUCUCCAUUUCGUUUUCCCAACUCUACUUCCCGCCGCGGUGUGUCUCCCAUCAGAAUACCAACCAUCUUUGCAAGGAAUGAUAAGCAUGCAGCCCAGCUACGGGAACUGGCAUUGCUAGCAAAGGAGAAAAGUGAGGCUUUGAAAAGAUUGCAGAGUUUAUCCAGAGAUCCCACCUCAGCUUCCAAGCCUGUUGAUACACAGCAGAUCAGUGUAAACUGUACAGCUGAGGAUCCGCAAAUGGCUUCUUCGACGUGUUCAGAAGGAGCACCAAGUUUGUUGGAGGAAUGUGUUGGCAGUAGUUCAUCCAUUUCAUCUUUGACCGCCAAUUUGUCUUCUGUUAAGGAGAAGCCUGGUUCGGGUCAAAAGGUGGAGAGUGUUUUUAAACAACCUGGCAUCGACGUGUGUGUCUCUAUUGAAAAGAGAGCUGCAGCAAAUGAUAAUAAAAACCAGGCCUCUGUGAUUAUGAGCAGCAUAAAUGAUAGCAAGAAUGUAACAUUUGGUGGUGUUAAUGUGGAUCUGAGUUCUUCAUUAAUAGCCACAAUACACGAUGUCUGCACACCAAAAGGUAAAAAAUUGGUGAGAUCUCCACUGGCUGACCGUGGAAACUGUGACGGAGAUACUGCCACACCAAUCACAGACACAAUACAAUUAAGAAUGGCAAAUGGAAUGACUCCUCGUCAGAUCAUGAAGUUUUGUCAGCUGACCCCUAGAGACAAACACCGUUCCCCAGGCAAACCCGUGAAGAGACUUGGAUCGCCAGGGUCACCUUGUCGCGGCAGUUUAAAACGAAAGUCACACUCGCCACACAAAGGAACAUCUUCUGUCCUGUGUUCUGUGCCAUCACACUUACAAACAUCCAUUGAAGAAAUGUGAGCUCAACAACAUUUUUAAAAUGCCAUUGUGGUGAUUUAGUGCUAGCUGUUGUCAUGACAACAGUUUUCGGUUUUGUUUACUGUUAAUCUUAUGUGCGUCAUAAUGUUCUUUGCUUGAUCAAAUCCUGUUCAUUAAUUUUUUUUUUAUAUAUAUAUAUAUAUAUAUUAUCUUUUGAGUGCAAUGAAAUUCACAUCUUAAUCUGUUGAUGUAGGAAAUUAUGAUUGCAUUACAAUUUUUACUUGAUAAUGAAUAUAUAUAUUUGAAUAAUUUUGCACUUAUCAUCAUGUAAGAUGUUGAUUAUUUUAAAGGAGCAGGAUGUUUUUAUUUUGAUUAGUGUAAUUUUUACAGUAAAAAUGCUUUAUCAUUUCCACUUUUUUCUCUCUUUUUUUGUAUUAUUCCAAACAUUCAGAAAUAUCAAAUGUAUGAACAUUUUCUUGACUGAAUUGACAGACUGAAUCUAUUAAAAUGUUUCCAAACUCAAAAGAUGAACAUGAUGAAUUCUGACACUUUAUAUUUAUUGGCACCUUUUGUGUUUGUUUUUGUUUUACAAAAUAUUUUAAUUUUGGCUACCAACAGCGAAAUAUGUCAUUCUUGUGGUUUAUCAUUUUCAGUCAGUACAAAAUGUAUAUACAUAUACACACACAUUGAUUCUACUUCUUUAUAUCUUUAACAUAAUAACAAUCAAAUGGCUUUAUUUAUACCAUUUGAUCAAACAAUAAUUACCAGGAAUAGACACAUUAAAAGCUAUAUUAAUGCAUUGUAUUUUGCUACAUUAAAGUGACAUUUGUUUACCUUUCUUGGCAGUGCUAACGAUUUGCAAGCUGAUAAGUGCCACACAUACCAACAAAAGUAACAUAGCACUAAUGACUAAUUAGUUUUGAGAUAUAUAAUAAAAAAUUAUUAAACUGUUAUUUACAUUGUGAAUUUGUACACUUGUAUAAUAACCUUAUAACAUAACAAAACUGGCUGACUGAAGUUUUGCUUCUCUUUUUUUUCAUCCCCAGCAACUGAAAUUUAUGUUUAAGACAAAUUACUAAACAAAAAAUCAACUGCUGAUUGAUUUGAUGAAUUAGCCUGUUGCAAGUUAACAUGUUAUUGUAAAAAGAACACAUCUAUUUCACAUGUGUGAGAUCAAUUUAAGGACAUUUGAUGACACAAAUGCCAGUCCCACACCGACCAGUGAAAUGAACAGAACUACCAAAAUCGAUUGAUCAGUUAACAUGCACGCAUAAAUACACUAUAAAUAAAAGAAAAAAUAGUAAUCAAUUAAAAUUUGGUUUAAACAACUUUUGUGGCUGUUUAAGAAAUGAAAUACUAAGUACUCUUGAAUCAGUGAGAUUUUUUCUUUUUCUUGUUUAUUAUGUAGUAUUAUCUAUACAAAUCCAAUUUCAAUCUGAAAUUAAUCUUUGUAAUAAAUAUUUUCAAUAUAUCCCUAAUUAACUUUAUUCUGCAAUUUAUGUAUUAUGGUAAAAUAUGACAACUAGAUACAUUUUGAUAUUUUUUUUAUCACUGACCAAAAAUAUAGCUUUUUGGGAUAAAACUACUGAUACCCUAAUUAUGAUCAACUUCCAAUAGUCAAUUUUCCAUUUUAUGUGGAGCAAUAUACCUUCUGCUCCAGGUUUUGGUGCCUACAUAUGACAUCUUCUAAGAUACCUUAGGGCAUGCUCACUGUUUAUAGAUUUCAAACAAUGCCAUAUCAUUCUGGUACAGAAGUUGUGCCGUCAGUGUUAUGAUGUCCAGGGACUCCUGAGGGUAUUCAAAACAUUUUAUAGUAGACUAAAUAUGAUGCAUCACUGACCAAAAUGAUGGCUGAUGCUAUUCCAUAUUUUUAACUUGUGCAAACCUUUUCAUCUCUUUGGUGGAAAUGUUUGCACAUUUGUUAUUUUUCAUCGUUUUAGAUGAAUUGACAUCUGUGGUGGCAGUGCUCGUGGUGGGGCAGGACAUGCACACCUUUCGCGAACACCUGAUAUCAUCACUGUUAUGACAGUGAUUCAUGAGUGCAUGUCAUCACAGCUGUACUUAUUCUAAUCAGUUCUGUCCGGUGCUAGUUUUGAUUUAGUAAACUAGUCUGGGAGUGGCAGUCCUCUUUGUUGUGGUGAUAAAAGGAUGAAAUCACUAGUAAAGGAUCUCCUCGGGAGUGGCUGUCCUGUACACGAGGCACUAGAUAGAAAUUCAUGGAAUCAACCACUCUUGCUAAAUUACUAUUCAACACUGCUUUGUGCAGAGAUACAGCCCUGAUCAUGUAUUAUGGUUUUGUCGUCCAGAUAUGAUCAGCUAAGAAAUGUUGAUGUUUGAGCAUAUAAUAAUAAUAAUAAUAAAUUUAAAUGAGGCAUGUUUUUGUUAUGUAAAUGUUUUUGUUAUGGGGUACAGAUAUUCUAGGCGACAAGGCAAUAUAUAUAUACAUGUGUAGACCUACUAUUCUGUAAAAUGGUAAAGUUGUCAAAUAAAUGGUUCAUUUCAUUUAUUUUUGGAUAAUGUAGGAUAAAUAAAAUGGAGUUUAUUGUCUUAUAAUAUUUGCUUUAUCCUGCACAGGUUAAAUGGUGAAUGCCAUUAGGCAGAGCCUUGCAGCAUUCAUAAUUUUUACUGUAGCAGGAUAAAGACGGUAACCAGUUAUUCUCUAUUUAUAAUGUUGUUUAUUAUUUUAGUUAAAUUUUUAAUUUUGUCCUAUCUAGAAUGUUUGAUAGCUCCAGUGAUCAACCAGCAGUUGAUAUAUUAACACACCAGUCUUUCACUGAUGUAAAGCUAAUACUUUCAAGUCAUUCGCCUGUAUUCAGACAUUUAUGAACUUUUUAAACAAAUUUAUGUAGCGAAAUAUGUAUUUUGACGUGUGUUACUGUACAUACAAAGCUGUUUUAUUGAAUAUUUAUAUGUGUCAGUACUGUUGCUCAUGUAAUAUUAACAGCUCACAUAAUCAUUGUGUAUUGCUCAAUUUUGAUACAUUUCAUUGUCACUUUUUUUACACAUUAACAAAAUGUACAUCAUGUAAAAAGUGCAUAAGAUGAUAAUUCAAAUCUGGCUCAUGAAAAUUUAUUACCCCAAAAAUAUGUUUUGCUCUUAUAAUCUCCCUUCCCUCUCAUCCCCACUCCCGUUAGGCAAAUACUUAUUCACAAUUCAUAAUGGUAUCUCUCUGUUUUUGCAAAUAUUAAGGAACAGUAUGUAUAUUGUAUUUAUAGCAUAUUAAGCAAGCUUCCAUUUCAUUUCGUAUCAUGUUUAUGUCCCAAGUGAAAUAAUGUUCAGUUGUCACAAGCUUUAGCGACUGACAAUGCAAAUUAUUUCUUGAGGGACAUAGGCAUACAAAAUCCUAUUAUUACCCAUAAUUGAUCUUAAUUUAUGUCAGUAAACUUGUUUGGUUGACUUUCCUGUAAGUUUGUAGUUUGCCAAUCGAUGACGUCAUGAAGUGUUACAUCCCACUUGGUGUUUUAGUGGGACGUGCCACUCUGAUAUGUACCAAGACAUUUUUAACCAUUAUUGGUAAUAAAUCAUGUGAUGUAUUGCAUUUCAUAGUGUUUGACAUUUUGAUUCUUGAGCAUAGUAAAACUACUAGAGAGUUAAACUGUAACUGUUGCUGCUUUUGCAAAAAAAAAAAUUCUUUUCCACCAUAGGUAUUGGUUGUUAUACUUAAAUACUAAUAGCAAUCAAUGUAUAUACAUGUACAUACCUGGAGAUUUACACAUUAGCAAAAACUUACAUUUUCUAACAUCAACAUUAUCAUUUAAGCCUUCUCAAACAUUUAAAAAAAUUUUUUUAAAUCACAUUGCUACGGCUAGGCUGUAAAUGAAUAUAACGGACUUAAUUAUCUAUUACAAUUAAGAGUGUCAAGAAAACUAUUUUAUUUGUAAAGAAUUUUAACCUAGUUACUUUGAUAACUUUAUUUCAUAGAAAUAUUAAGAUUUUCUUGAAUGCUAACUGGUAAAACUAAAGUAAUUUGUGGCUUUCUUAUAUACUAGUACACAUCAAGUUGGAUGACCGCUAAUAUACACCCCAAAAGCUGGAUGGCUGUUUAAAAAAACACAAACAUUGCAAUCUAAUUGAAUACUGUUUAAGAUAUUAAUAUCAACUUUUACAAUGGAAAACAAUCCACAGGCCUGGAUUUGCCUGUCUUGCAUAUGUAAAUUGUAGAAUAAUAUAUUUUUAGCAUCAUUGAAUUUUAGUUUAUAUAAUCUUGGGAUACUGCAUAUUUAUUAUUUACUGAUAAUUGGUAUACGUUAGCUAAGCUGUAUAUAUUAUGCAAUUAUUAAUCUUGUAUAAAACAAUUGGUUUGCAGUGUAUGCGUCUGUAUAAUCAGUAAAACAGUAUUACAAUAGUUUGGCAAAAACAUGUAUGUAAUAAUGCUGGUAUAAAGUGUUCCUACUAUCAUUAACUAUUAGGUAUAUUCUUAUUAGCACAUUUGGUUGAGCAAUGGACACAUACACAAAUACUGUGUUCACACUAGCAUUUUUUAGACUGGGCUAAAAUUGAUUUGGACUUGGAAAGAGCUAAAUUUGGAUUGAGUCAAUUCCAUGUAUACAUAUUUUUUCUUAUGGUACCUUAAUUGUGUGCUGGCAAACAAAAUGUGUUACCAUUAGACACCACUUGAGUGCAUUUUUUUUAUUACUUCUGACUAGGAAGUUGUACACAACUAUUAUUUUAAGUUUGAUUAUUCUAUCAUGACAGUGAUUAUUAUCUUGAAGGGUUAGAAUUUGAUCAUGGUUUCCCCCUUACUUGCUGUUGUGCCCUGACAAUAAGACAUUGUUGACAGAAAGACACAUGCAUCUCAUGUUUUAUAUACAUGUAUAUUAAUUGCGAAAAAUAAAAAAAAAAAUUGUGAAAGCAUUGACGGUUUGGUGAAACAGUUUGAGAUAGUUUUUAAUCUCGAUUUUCAGUAACCAAACCCCUUUCACCCAGAUUUACCUUGGUAAUCUUCUAAUUUGCCUUGGUACCAUAAUUCUAUAAUGUUGUCAUCUUCUGCCUGCUUGUGUGUAUUUCUCCACUUCAGCUUGGUUGCAAUUAGUGCAACAGGUCUUAUGAAGCAUAAUUGUUGCAGUUCCAUGGCUAUUUUUAAAUACCAAACUCAGUUUUUGUUUUGUUUUUUAAAGUCUGUUAACUAGGCCUGUAUAAAAUCUGUUUUCCAAAUGUUAAGAAGAGCAUGGCUCUCCUCAUUCGACUAGUCUGUGCCUCAUUAUUGUAAUGUUGUUUUUAGAAGAAGAAAAAAAACUGAUGCCAAAUGCUAACAAAAGUCUGGUGAUGUCGCCUAUCACCAUCUUGCAUGAUUACAAUUCAACUUGGGCCUGGAACCAAGGAAUGCUGGAACUGUGACAUUUGGCCCGGAUUAAAUAGUAGCAGAGCCAGGGUCAGUGUUUUUGAUUGGACCAAAAUGAUUUGGGCUAAAGAUGCUAGAGUGAACAUGGCUAAAGGGUUCUUGGUUUAAAUCCCCUCAGUGGAGGUUGUAUAUGUGUAUAUUCAUUAUAGCAUAUUAUUUUAUCCUGUAAUCAUGAUGUAUAAUUAUAUUGGCAAAGUAUGGUUUUUACAAUAUAACCCAUCAUGGUCAGUAUUAGCUUAAAGUUACUCUUUAAGGAGUUAAAUUUUAGGCCCACUUUCCAUUAACACAAUAAUCAUUAGUUGAUACAAUGCAUUUACAGAGUAUAUUUUCCAUACAUGCAAUUUUUUUAUGUGUGCAUUCAGUGCACUGAAAAAAAGAAAAUAAAGAUUGAAGAACCAUUUUUCUAAUGAAGUGACGUCAUAACGUGAAGCAUUUACUUUUGGCUUGCAGUACAUUCUGACAACAUUAAAUUUUGUAAUGUAAUCCAUUUGAUUAUGGAAAAGCAUAUUUCCACUCACAGAAACAUGCGCAGGAUCACAUUAAUGGAAAAUGGGCCUAAUGGUACAUGCUGCUUACAAUGUAUUAUUUGCAUAAUAAAAUAAUUUAAGACACUUAAACUAAUUCUUGGUUACACAGAAUCACUAGGCAAAGGAUGUUUGUACCUUGUACUCUGCAUUGGCAGUGCACUUUGUUGUUGAAAAGAAAGCAAUAUUUAACCAACCUCAGUACAUUUAAACUGGCUAUUUGGGGUCUCUCAUUGAUUUUGACAUUUGGUCAGGAUUGACAGAACAGACCUGCUUUCACCACACAGGCUACUUUUACAAACAACCAGCAAGUGGUCUUAUUUGUUUUUGCUAUCAUAAAUCAUACCUUGUUGCCAUUGUGAGAGAUGAUUUCUAGAAAGUACUGCAAAAUCUAUACUAAGGUAAAAUAAAAACUGGUGUAAGCAGUUUUUUGGGAAGUCACUACUCUGUUUUAGUGGUAUGCUAUUAGUAAAAGGCUUCAUUUGCAUAUGACCUAUGUGGUGCACAGCAUGUACAUAAGAGGUAAAUAAAACUUGAAUAUCUAUUAGCAAUCUAUAGUCUGUCCCAUCAUUCUACAAAAAAAAAAAUUGUAAGUAACUUCAGUUUGGUUUGACAUAAGAAAAACUUUAAAAGUGUUUUGGAAAUAAAUACUCUUUUUGUGUACAGUUUACAAAUCAGUCCAUUCAAAAAUAAAUAACCUGUAGUAAAUUCCAUACUAUGAAAAUAAGGGUUCCCUGUGGGACGGACUAUAAAUCUAUUUUCACGUUUAUGGUUUGAAACGUAAUUGAAAUUCAAAUCUUAAUAAGACAAAUCGGAGCCUAGAGUGAUGUUGAUUUAAAAAUUACUAAUAAAAUGCCUGCUUUUCCAUAUUAAUAAUUUGUUGUUAAACAAGUGAUCAACAAUAAAUACUAACUUGUU